AUGUUGUCAACGCCUUUCACAUCCUCGAUACUGCUCUUGGCUUCGUCGGUUUUGGUCAAUGCAGCAGGUUUUGCUUCUCGCGAACCUUCCCUUCCAUCUUGCCAAGGUUUCAGCAUCACGAUCAACGAAACUAGACCGCUGGAGUUCGAGGAUCUUGUCAUCUCUACCGGAGUAGUCUGCAACGUCAGCGGAAGCAACUACUCCACGCCAUGCAGCGUAGUCAGCGGCGGCUGGCCGACCCUCCAGAAUUCAAUCACGUACACCAACGGCUCUAGAGUGAACGACAGCUAUGCUGUCGGCUACGCUCUUUGGAACGCCACCGGUGAUUCCAAAGCUCUCUACGGAAACAGCAUCGCGGCUGUUGAGAAUCAGACAGUGACGUUCGAAAACAACACCAGCGGACAUGUGAACGCAUGCUACCCCGAGUUCACUGACAGAGUUGUGUCUUUCGAAAGCGCCCCAGGACACUUUGAGAACAUUACUGUCCUGGCUGGCUCUCGAUCGAUUAAUGAGACUAUUGCACAAGCCGCUGCGAACCUCAAGCAGAACCCGAACAACCAUCCGCCUUACGGCCUUGUGUCGAGUGGUGCUGAUGCUGCGAUGAAACUAGCUGGGGUGGGACUUACGAGCGUCUGGGUGAUUGCAACUUUCUGGCUUGGACUAUGA